UCAUUCUCCGCUCUGAGUUUUCGGGAGGUUGUGGGUUGGUGGCGGCUACGUGCGCAUAAUCAGUUUUGCUGUACUGUUGGCCCCAAACAUUGUGGCGUACUUAUUUGUGUGGCAGUUCUUCUGCUAGCAUUUCGUGGGGUGAAAGGCAGCUGCACAGAGUGACCGACAAUGAGCGACAUCCAGAGCUGGUUCAACAGCCUGCCGCAGUUCACGCGGCUGUGGUUCGGCCUGACGGUGGUCUUCACGCUCGUGGGACGCUUCGGGCUGGUCUCGGCCUACUACCUGGCACUGCUGUAUGAACCUUUCUUCAAGCAGUUGCAGAUAUGGCGUCCGGUGACAGCGCUGUUCUGGUACCCAUUGAGUCCGCAGACCGGGUUCCACUUCCUCAUCAACCUGUACUUCCUGUACAAUUACUCGCUUCGUUUGGAAACAGGUAUAUUCGCCCGCAGCCCGGCUGAUUACCUGUUCAUGCUGCUGUUCAACUGGUUCUGCUCGGUAGUGGUCGGCCUCUUCAUGAAUUAUCCGAUGUUGAUGGACCCGAUGGUGAUAUCGGUGCUGUACGUCUGGUGCCAGCACAACCGCGACACCAUCGUCAGCUUCUGGUUCGGCACACAGUUCAAGGCCAUGUAUCUGCCUUGGGUGCUGAUGCUCUUCAACCUCAUCAUAGCGGGCGGCGGUGCCAUGGAGUUGGCUGGCAUUCUCAUCGGACAUCUCUACUUCUUCUUGGUGUUUAAAUACCCUCAGGACUUCGGCGGCCCGGCGCUGCUGCGCACACCGCAGUUCCUGUACAACUACUACCCCAACACGUCUGGCGGCAUGGGCGGCUUCGGCGCGCCGCCGCAGCGUAGGCCGAUCCCCGCCGUCUCGAUGCCCGCUGUCGGCCAUCGGCUGGUGUCCGCUGCCGGACGCCGGCUGGAUCAGCAGCAGAGCGGGAGCGGCACCUCGGCAGGCCGGGACUGCCGCUGA